UGUUUCCGGUGUCAGAGUGUUCGCCAAACCUGAACUAGCCAAGAUGGCGUCUCAACAGCAGCAACCUGGUGGUCCAGGCUUACAACAAGCCGCUUCUCUGCAACAACAGCAGCAGCAGCAGUUGAACCAACAGCAAGACUUCGACCCGGUGCAUCGAUUUAAAAUGCUCAUUCCGCAGUUGAAAGAAAGUCUUCAGAACCUAAUGAAGAUCGCGUCGCUUAACCUUACCCACAACACGAUCAUAGACAACGGAGUCACAAGCAAUGAUGCCGCUGUUCAGCGCUUUGACAAAAGCUUAGAGGAGUUCUACGCCCUCUGCGAUCAACUGGAGCUGUGUUUGAGGUUGGCGUACGAGUGCCUCUCGCAGAGUAUCGACAGCGCCAAGCAUUCGCCCAACUUGGUUCCCACCGCGACCAAACCGGACACGGUGCAGACGGAGUCCAUGUCCUACGCCCAGUACCUUGGUAUGAUAAAGUCCCAGAUCUCAUGUGCAAAGGACAUCCACAACGCUCUGUUGGAGUGUUCCAAAAAGAUAGCGGGAAAGGGACAGCCUCCGGGUAUCAUGUAGAUCUUCUCGCCGGGACUUUAAUUGAAAUGUUAUAUAUUGUUGGAUUUAUUGCUGUUUUGUACCACCUCCACCAGAGGAGUAAUACGUUGUCUUUUUUAUGUGUUUGUACAAGAUGAGACAUAAAAAAAAUAAACAACUUGU